AUGAAAUCAAAGCAACCUCAUAUGAAUUAAAGAAACCAACAGUAAUUUCAAAUACAACAACAAUAAAUUUAACAAUAAAAUUUAUUUUAUGAUGAGGACAAAUCUUUAAAUGUUCAACUUUUAAGAACAUUGAAACAACCUCCACAUUAAAUUCGUCAAAACAAUAUAGAUAUCAACUUUCAUUUAAAUUAAUUAAAAAAAAACCCUUUCCAGAAUAGCAAUCAACAAAAAGUUAAUCAUUUUAAAAUAGGUCAUCGUUAAAUAAAAUAAUCUUAAUAAUCAGCAUCGUCAGUAAGAAGAGAUAUGAAUAAUAAUAAUAAUAAUAAUAAUCAAUUAAUUGAAUAAAUUAAGAAUCAAUACUAUUCUCCACAAUAAUAAAAUGUACAAAUUACACCUUAUAAAUUGAUUUAAUAAUCUCAUAAUAAUUAAAUGAGCUAAUUUUCUAGAAAUAUUAAUAACAACAAUAUCCAAUUAGAUUAGUUUAUUCCACAAAUUAGAGACUAAUCUCCUUAACUAGAUUUUAAUUAAUUAUUUUCUAGAACAAAUUAAAAUUUAUUUAGAUACUCUGAAUUAAGAAAAAGAAAGUAAUAAUUAUUAGAGGAAAUAUAAAUCAAAACUGAAACUAUUUUUGAUAAUGAUGAGUAUAUAGCACCAUAAGAAAAUUAAAUUAAUAAAAAUUUAUCAAAUAAUGAUUUAUCAUCUAAAGUAUCUUUUGAAAUAAAGUGUCUUCAAAAAACUUGUAAAUUAAAAAAUGAAGAAUCAUAAUAAUUACCUGCAAUGAUUAGUAUUAAAACUUAAGAAAUAGAUUCUAUUGAAACAGAAAGGAGAGUUGGAGUGGAUUUGGUAUUUAUAUUUAAUUAACAAUAGAUUUGUCUAAUAGAUAGAAGUGGAAGUAUGUUAAGAUAAAAAAUAAAUAUGGUUUAAUAAACAUUACUAAUUUUGCUUAACUUUUUAAGUGAUUAAGAUAGACUUCAAUUAAUAAUUUUUAAUGAAAGUGCUGAAUAAUUGACCCCAUUAAAAUGUGUUACAGAAUAAAAUAAAGAAUACUUCAAAUCAAUUAUUAAUUCAAUAACAGCUUAAGGAUUGACAAGAAUAUCAGCAGCUACAAAUCUAGCAUUUUAAUAAUUAAACAAUAGGAAAUAUAAGAAUAAUGUGAGUUCAAUAUUUUUAUUAUCUGAUGGACACGAUUCUUAAGCAGUUUAUGAUGUGGAAAAAUAAAUUAAUAUUGUAAAGGAUCCAUUUACUUUGCAUACUUUUGGAUUUGGAGAUAGACAUGAUGCAAAAUUAAUGACAUCUCUUUGUAAUUUAAAAAAUGGAAGUUUUUAUUUUGUUCAAGAUAUCACAUUAUUGGAUGAAUUUUUUGUUGAUGCUUUAGGAGGUCUGAUUUCUGUUAUUGGAGAAGAAGUAAAAAUUUAAGUUCUAUCUAAUCCAGAUUAACCAUAUUAAGAUAUAAAAAUAUCAAAAACUUAUGGAAAUAUGUGGAAAUAAAAUAAUCAAUCUUAUGAAAUUGAUUUUCCUUAAUUAAUUUCAGGAACAAGAAAAGAUUUUGUUUUUGAAAUCCAAAUUCCAUAAUUUAUGAAUAAUAUUAACAAUUAAUAGGUAAAAAUUAUAGAUGCUAAACUAACAAUAAAAAAUCCAUUAAAUGGAGAAAUCAUUGAAAAAUUAGCAAAUCUAUCCUUAACCUUUUACAAUCCAGAUUAAGAAAUGAUAUAAAUUGAUACAGAUCCUGAUGUUUAGACAUAAUAUUUUAGAGUUAAAGGAACAGAGGCUAUAGAUGAUGCUCGAAAAGCAUGUGAAUAAAAUAAAUUCGAAGAUGCUUAAGCUCGAAUAAAUCAUAUUUUGAUACAAAUAUAAUAAAAUAAAAUUGCUAACUCUCUGUGUGCUGGAAUCAUUUAAGAUCUAGAUUAAGCCAAAUAAGCAUCAAUGAUCACCUCAUAUAAAACAUUUGGUUAAAAGUAAAUGUAUUAAAUGGUUACAAACAAUUAUCUACAAGGAGGUAUCAAUUCAAUUUUCACAGCAAAUGGAAAAUAAUUAUAAUAAAAAUAACCAGCUCAUUAUUAAAAUAGAAUUUAAUAGAUAAUGAUGAGUAAAGUUUAAAAUCAAAAAUCAAGAUAGCAUUAUUGA